UUCGUUCUGGAUUUAGUUGAGCCGGUCUGUUUGGGCCGUUUGUAGUUUGGUUCAGUUUGGGCUUUGUGCCUUUUUAAUGAAACUAUUUAGACGGAAAAAAAAAAUUACAAACUAACAUUUUAUAAAACACAACUUCCCUAAAACCCUAAACAGCAGAGCAGUCGGCAGCCAUGGUCAAGUCUUCUAAGAAAGAAGCCAUUACCAAAGUCGAAGCAGCAGCAGCACUUGACUCAAAGACGAAGCCUUCGAAGAAAAGUAAGAGAGAUGUGGAAGUUGAUUUGGACAUCCCAAAGGAUGCCAAGAAGCAGAAGAAAGAGUUGAUUCAAGCUGUGCAAAAGGCACCACCAAAGAAGAACAAGAAGAAGAAGAAAAAGAAGAACAAGAACAAGAAUACUAAUGUUGAAAUGGUGGAGGGAGAGCAGAAACCAAUUGCAAAACAAUCCAAGACGCUAUUUGCUGGACGUCUUCCCUUUCACAUUGAAAAAUCUGACUUAGAGAAGUUCUUCAAAGAAGUUGGUGAAAUCAAAGAUGUUAGACUUGCCAAGGGAAUCGCACAUGUAGAGUUUGCUUCUGAAGAAGCAGCUCAGAAGGCAUUGAAACUGAAUGGUGAACCAUUACUAGGCCGCAAUAUUUUACUUGAUUUUGCUAACGCGAAGCCUGCUCCACGUCCACGAAACCUAGUCAAAACGAUUUUUGUUACAGGAUUCAACAAGUCUCUGAGUGAAGAUGAAAUGAAAACUGCCUUGAGAGCUCAUUUUAGUGCUUGUGGAGAGAUCAAAAGGAUCUCUCUUCCUUAUUACCAAGAGACUGGUGAUAGCAAGGGGGUGGCUUACCUAGAUUUUGGUGAGGAUGGAUUCAACAAGGCAAUGGAACUAAACGGAAGUGAAGUAGGAGGACGGAACAUAGUGGUGAUUGAAGCUAGACCAAAAGAAAAGAAUGCUGAUCGAGAUAGUGGACGUGGCAAUGAUGACAGCUCCAAGAAAGGACCUGGAAGAGGCAAUGGUGAGAUGAGACCGUAGAACACCCAGCAAAGCAAGUGUAAUUUCGCCCUCUGCCCAAGGGAAGAAGGUCGUCUUCGACGAUUAGUUAAAGAUCUUGUCUUAUCUUUCAGCCCUUUUUUGCCUAGUUUAUGAGAAAAAAAACUUAAGCUCUUAUAUGAUGAUGGUUACUCUUGGGAUUUAGUUUUGUUUUUGUGGGUGUGACAUUUUUUCUUUGUAGAAACUUUUAAUGAAUUCCUUAAACCCAUGGCUUCACUAAUUGCCAUUUUAUUA